ACUAAAAGAUUGAAACUAUUUUCUCUAGCUAAAAAUGUUACAAGCUGUCUCUCUUCUAUUCCCCAUAUUAUAUUUCAUGCUCCCCCUCUUAUCAGUUUCUACCGCAAACUCCAAUGUAUAUGUUCAAUGCUCUCAACUUAACUUCACCUCAAUGACACCCUACGAGUCAAACGUAAACUCGCUAUUUGCUUCCUUAGUCGACUCGGCCUCUCUAUACAACUUCAACAAAUUCGAAACUUCCCCACAAAGCGAUGCUGCAGUUUAUGGCCUCUUCCAAUGUAGAGGUGACCUUAGCUCCCCCAAUUGCAAAGAUUGUGUGGCCAACUCUAUAAGUCAACUCAAGACAGCUUGUCCUAUGUCCAAAGGUGGUGAAAUACAGUUAGAUGGAUGUUUUGUGAAGUACGAUGAUACGUCAUUUUUUGGCGGCCAGAACAAGAUGGAGGUGUGUAGGAAAUGUGGCCCUUCGAUCGGCUAUAAUUCUGAUGUGAUGAACCGUAUAGAUAGUGCGUUGGCGUAUCUAGUUGGUGGGAACGGACAAUACUUUCGUGGGAGUGAUUUUGGGAGCAUACAAGGUGUGGCACAGUGUGUACAAGAUUUGAGUUUAAGCGAUUGUCAAGAUUGUCUUGCCGAGGCAAGUGGACGGUUGAGAUCAGAGUGUGAGACAUCAACCUGGGGUGAUAUGUACCUUGGAAAAUGUUAUAUCCGAUAUGCUGAACAGGGUAACUUAAAUAUUCCAGAUGACAACAGUAACCCUAAUUUCAAUAAAAGGAGUGGGAAAAGGAGUAAGAAACUGGGGUGGAUUUUGGGUAUUAUUGGCUCCUUCUUUGGUGGGGGAAUAGCUUUUAGUGUGACUACUAUUGUGGUUUGCGCUUGCAAUUGCUGUAAUACAAACGUAUACAUCAAUAAAAUAAAAAAGUUGAAGUUUAAAAAGAAAGCAGUCGAGAAAGAAAGGGAUUCAGCCAAAUCAGAAGCAAAAACAGCGAAAGAAAAGGCAGCAAAGCUCGAGAAAGAAAAAGAAGAACAGAUGAAGAAAUGUGGUCCUUGUGUACCGCCACCACCGCCUCCUUGUUCUUACUUGGCAGUGCCGGCUCCAUGUACUUACGGGCCACCUCCGAAUCCAAAUACGUGUUUUUACUUGUAAAAUUAUUCGUGUGCUUCAAAAUGAAAACAUGUGUGAAAAUCCAAAGAAUUAUCCGCCUUUUACUUUUCACUCAGUCUUUUGUUUGGAUCAAAAUGUAAAUUUACGCUGAUGAAUAAUUCGCAAUGUUUGUGUUGUAUCUUUCA